AUCAUCACAGUGUUAUUUAGCAAAAGAUAAUGUCCAUAUCAUUUGCUUUGAUAUUCAGCGUGAUCUAACCCUUUAAGACGUUGUUUUUUUAAGAACCCAAGCAAUUCUCUUUUGUGUUCAUUAUGGGAAGGAUUCUAUGCUUAACUGGCCCUAUGUUUGUAUUAUUUGUUUCAUCAGCAGUCUUAGUUGAGGGGGAUCAAGACUGUAGUUCGUGCUCUCAGCUGGAGAUUGGAGUGGCUGUUGGGUUCAUUACCGGUGACAUCCUACUUACACUCCUCAUUGCACUCUCAGUCUACUGGUUUGUGUCUCACCAGAAAAGGACAGGCAGUUCGCAUCCACAGACCAGAUGCUGCAGUCCAAGCAAAGCUUCAACUCUCCAGCCAUCAAUGAGAUUGAAAACGACUGAAGAGGAAUCACCUUAUCAGGAGCUUUAUGGUGUACAGUCAGACAUAUACAGUGAUCUUCAGCAGUAUCGGAAAUGAAAUCACAUUAAAGUUUCAAGGUUUCCCCGAAGUGUCAGAUCAUCUUUUAAAAAGAAUUGUAAUCCUCUGGAGUGCUACAAUGACAGCAAUUAUCAGACAAUGAAUAGUGAUGUUCAGGGUUUCUUAUUCUAAAAUAUGGUUGGGCGUAGCAUCAUAAACUGUAGUAUUUUUUUGGACUUUGAUGUGUUAUGAUCCCAUAACGUGAUUGUGACAUAUAAAUAUGUAUAUACAGUAUAUGAUUUUCAGACAUUUAUAAAAGAUGAAGAGUUUUGAUGCACAUAAUUCCACUUUCAAAUUCUUUUGAAUUGAUCUGCCAUGUUCAAAAUAUACCUUCAGAUCAAAACUAGUAUAUAGUACAACUAAGUACAACCUUAAGAUCAAAACUAGUAUAUAGUCCAACUUUGUACAACAGUUUUUGUACCUAUACAGAAAUAAAUAUGUUUUAUUAA